ACAACAAUUAGGGCCGGGGAACGGUGCGUUUAGUGUACUGUUCUGGACAAACGGCUAUGGAGGCGAAUUUUAACGAGUUUUUUUUCUUCUUUUUCACUUUUCAGGUUAGAUAGAUAGAUCUGGAUCUAAUUUUUAUUCAAUUUCCGUUUCGCCAUUCCCAUUUCCCUUUCCUUCCUCUGCAUCAAAUUUCCAGCUCUCUCCAACACCGCAAUUUCCCGUCACUUCGCCCCUGCCCCGUGAAUUCUAGCUGUAUUUGAUUAUCUCAGAAGCAGCAUCGCCUUCGAGAUUUUAUCUUAGGGUUUCCAGAUCUCCCGAUUGCUGCCCGGCGUUUCCCGCGUCUUUUUAACCGCGUUUGUGGUGGCGGCGCUUUCCCUCGGCGGCGUUAUAUGAUUCUGAUAUUAUAGGGAUUGGGGAUUGAGGGUUUCCUGUAAAUUUGUAUACGAGCUUGUGAGGAAUGUCGGCGGCUUUAGGUAAAACGUCGUAUCGCGAUCGGACGCAAGAGUUUCUCAGCGUAGCGGAGAGGCUGAAGAAGUCCAUCUCGUCGGGGAACAAUGCAGGGGUUAGUGGCAGCAGCAACAGCAGCAGCAGCGGGAAGCCUGACGGCACGCGAUCUGCGGUUGCGGUUCAGUCGGAAUUCAAUAAGCGAGCUUCGAAGAUUGGGUUUGGAAUUCACCAGACGUCUCAGAAGCUGUCCAAGCUAGCCAAAUUGGCAAAGAGAACAUCAGUAUUUGACGACCCAACCAUGGAGAUCCAGGAAUUGACUGCUGUUAUAAAGCAAGAUAUCACCGCACUAAAUGCAGCUGUGGUAGAUCUCCAACUCGUCUGCAACUCUCAGAAUGAGAGUGGGAACAUCUCUACCGACACCACAACCCAUUCAACUACAGUUGUAGAUAACCUCAAGAAUCGCUUGAUGAGUGCGACAAAGGAGUUUAAAGAAGUCCUAACUAUGCGAACAGAGAAUUUAAAGGUUCAUGAGAACCGCAGACAAUUAUUUUCUUCAUCUGCAUCAAAAGAAGCUACAAAUCCUUUCGUACGUCAACGUCCACUAGCUUCCAGAUCUACAGCCAAUGCAUCAGCAGCUCCUCCACCUCCAUGGGCUAAUGGUUCUUCUGCAUCUUCGUCCUCAUCCCAGUUAUUUCCCAGUCGACAGUCAGAUGUAGAGUCUCAGCCACUCCUGCCUCAACAGCAGCAGCAGCAGCGUCAGCAGCAACAACAGCAGCAACAACAACAGAUGGUUCCACUCCAAGACAGUUACAUGCAGAGUAGAGCUGAGGCUCUACAUAAUGUGGAAUCAACCAUUCAUGAGCUAAGCAACAUCUUCACACAACUAGCAACCAUGGUUUCACAGCAAGGAGAGCUUGCUAUAAGGAUUGACGAGAACAUGGACGACACGCUGACGAACGUUGAAGGUGCACAGGGGCAGCUGGUUAGGUAUCUCAACAGUAUUUCCUCCAACAGGUGGCUUAUGAUCAAGAUAUUCUUUGUUCUCGUUGCAUUCCUCAUGAUCUUCUUGUUCUUUGUGGCAUAAGGAAAGAAAGAAAAAAAGGUUCCUUCUCUGCUGUCUCUCCAUAUUCUUGUACUAGAAUUCAGAAUGCAAUGGGAUCUCUUCUUGUAAACAGGAUUGCUUGAAAUUGUGGCAUAUACACAAAUUUUGACUCGUCAUUUCCCUUUCUCCUGUAUUUUGGAUUGACUGAAACCAACUACUCCGUACAUAAUGAUAAUGGCGGGGCCUUGCGCUUCCCUACUGCUUUGUUCUUGUUUCUUUCAUUCUCGUCUUCCGCUGAUGCCAGAUCGUUCAGCAGGAACUCCCACGAGACUCGAACCAAAACACUUCGACGUGAUAACGUUGCGAAUAUGGAUUUCGAAAAUCGAAAUGCUCUCAUACUCUCCCUAAUGGUAUUCGGUAUUCCUACCACUAUCGAUGCACUAUGUUACAUCGAUCUUUACUAACGCACCCCCACUGUCAUCUCGUUUUCACCGUCAGGAUUAAGCAUAUAAAAUGGAUCUUAUCAUCUCAUCUCAAUUUGUGCUCAUAGUUCAGUCCAAAUUAAGCGCAAAUUCCUCGUCUAUUGCUGCGAUGUAUCCUAGCAGAAGGAAUAAAAUGUCAAAAACUUUUAUCCAGGGGACUGAAAUGGUAAUGAAAGUGAAUUCCGGGC